GAAAUUGAAAUUCCACAACAAAAAACGCCAUCAGCAGCCCAGCAGCCCAUAGGAAGAUCCCAUUUACCAAGACAAACAAAUUUCAAGGAAUAUUAAUAUUCAGGGAAGAAAGAAAAAUAACACAUCACGAAAAUGGCUUCUAAGAACAGGGAUUGGGCCGACGACGAUGAGAUCGACGACGUCGCAGCAGAACUCCCCCCUCCCCAAACCAUCCAGAACAAAGACGGUACCAAAACCACCAUCACCUACCGAUACAACGAGAACGGCCAGAAGGUGAAGACGACCCGGCGGAUCCGCCUGGUGACGCACCGCGAGGUGGUGAACCCGCGGGUGGCGGAGCGCAAGACGUGGAAGAAGUUCGGCUUGUCGGAGAAGGACGGGGCGGGCCCGCAGAUGGACACGACGUCAGUGGGCGAGAACAUCAUCUUCCGGCUCAGCACGAACUGGCGCAAGGACACCAAGGAGGAGGCCAAGGACCCCAACGCCAACGCCAUGAAGGAGAAGCUCAAGGACAAGACCGUCAAGUGCCGUAUCUGCAACGGCGAGCAUUUCACCGCCCGCUGCCCUUACAAGGACACCAUGGCCCCCGUUGGCGCCGAGGGCAGCGCUGCCGACGUCGCCGCCGGUAUGGCUGACGAGGCCGCCGCCGCCGCUGUGGGUGCUGCUGGCGCCGGCAAGAAGGGCAGUUAUGUCCCCCCUGCGCUGCGGGGAGACCGAGGCGCGGCUGGUGGCGAGAGGAUGGGCGGCGGAAAGUACGGCAGCGAGCGGGAUGAUCUUGCUACGCUGCGUGUGACAAACGUCUCGGAAAUGGCGGAAGAACAAGAGCUCCGCGACAUGUUCGAGCGGUUCGGCCGCGUGACGCGCGUGUUCUUGGCCAAGGACCGCGAGACGGGUCUCGCCAAGGGCUUCGCGUUCAUCAGCUUCGCGGACCGCAGCGACGCCGUCAAGGCGUGCGCCAAGAUGGACGGUUACGGUUUCAAGCAUCUCAUCUUGCGCGUCGAGUUCGCCAAGAAGGCUGCUUAAACCCAGUCAUAUUUUUUUCAGUCAGACGGGUUUUCUUAAAAAAGCAUUCUUGGGAAUUUAUUUCCCUCUAGUUAAGCAUGGUCUGUGAUUAUGAGGAGGGGAAGAAGAAGAAGGAGGAAAGCACAGGGUGUGAUAUGGUAUGGCAUGGAACGAAGGACAUGGUACUAUAGAGCUUGGUUCUACCAUGCUGGGUGUGAUUGUGAAUAGAAUGAUGACUUUGAGGUACAAUAGGACACCGGUAUCUUAACGUAUCUAAAUCUAUUCGGCUACUAAUAGGUAUCUGUCUUCGUUUAGAUACAUGUUUCUGCUGCUUUGCUGGUUUGUGACGAUUUGAUUACCUACCU